AUGGCUGCGUCCAUGAAAAAAGAUGUGUCCGCAUCAAAUUCUUUUCAUCCAGAGGAACUUUUGCGGAAUCUUUCUGCACAGUUCCUUGAAAUGGUUCCUGUAAGAAAAAUCAAAUGGGAAGAAGAACAGGCGUCUGCUUUGGUUACAUCACAAGAAAUUCAACGAAAUGUCUUGCGAGCUACAGUUCAACAUCCAAUUUGUUUGAUCUAUCCACCAUCAUUAAGUUAUAGGAGAUAUUUUAUGAAAACACUGAUUCAUAAGCUAGAAGAAUAUCAAGCUGAUAUAUGUGAUGAGAUAUAUGAAGUCUAUACUGAUUUACUACAACAAUCAGAAGAAGAAGAUGACACUUUAUGUUAUAAAACUUACUCUCUGCCUGAUGGUGGAGAGGUGUCUUUACAAGAAUCUGUUAAUUUAGUUUGUCAGGGUACUACAGGUCUUAGCACAUGGCAGGCAGCUCAACAUCUCACAGAAUUUGUUUUAGAAAACAAAGAACGGUUUGAAAACAGGAAUAUAUUAGAACUAGGCAGUGGAUUAGGACUGACCGGAAUAGUAACAUGUAUCAAAUGUCAUGUGAACUCGUAUACAUUUAGUGACUGUCACCCUCAAGUAUUGUACUUACUUGCCAAAAACAUAGAGGCCAAUUUAACUCAACAGAUACCUAGAUUUCAAGAAGGGUCAGACAGAGACAAAAAAAUCAUCCGUAAAAUCAGACGACAGUUAAGCAUCAAUGCCGAAUCGUAUGCAGAACUUGUAGGUAACGAGGAAUCUAUGAUUAUGUCACCCACUCAGUCUCAAACUUUACCUGAUCAAAAUGAUGAAGAUGAGAUACAGUCAGAUCCUAAUGAUUUGGAGUUAAACAAUAAAUAUUGGAUUCUUGAUAAAAAUGGGUUGCAUGGGACUUAUAAAAAAGACGAUAAAGUGAGGAUUGCCAAGUUAGAUUGGGAAAAUGUGGAUAAUGAUUUGAUGUUAAAGUUAAAACCUGAUGUUAUAUUAGCUGCUGAUGUGAUAUAUGAUUCAACUAUUAAUCCAUCAUUAGUAGCUGUUUUACAAAUGUUGUUAAAACCUCACCCAGAUACAGGGCAGAUACCUAUAGUGUAUUUAGCUUCUACAGUUAGAAAUGAGGAUACCAGGGAUAGCUUUCUUAUCUUAUUAGGUUCAGAAGGGUUAGUUUAUACGAUUGUUGAACCACCUAAAUUAUCUUUAUUCUAUUAUGACCGAUCAGUGCCUAUUGAAAUAUUACAAAUUUCUACUCAGUAA